AAUAAUAAAAAAAAUGGCAGCCCCCACGGUUCGCUCAUCACAACAACAUGCAACUUUUAAAGGCUUAAUAAAGAAAGAGAAAAAGUCAAAAGCAACUCAUAAGCAUGUUCUAUGUUCCGAUACUCAUGAUUGGUAAUAUAUAUAGGGCAUAAAUAAAAAUACAAUCGAUGGAUACCAACUUUUUAAAUUAUGAUUUUGUGUGUUCAUUGCGGCAUUGCACUUUUGGUAAUCUACCACUUGAGCGUUGGCCAAGAAAAAAUCCAGCUGUUACUAAAAGUCUCUUUGACAUAUUAAUAUUAAGAAAAGUUAACUAGUAACUAUCCACGAAUAAACAAAGUGGAGUGAAUCCUACACAGAAUCUCACAGUAGCGUGGGUUUUCGAAAAUUGACUAUAGGUAGAUACUUCGAUGAAAGAAGGGAGACUACUAUUUUUUUGUAUCGGAAAUGGGCGUCGGCGCCGAAAAAUCCGAGUUUUUAAUUUUCCGAUGUGUGUGUCUAUUUAUUAUUAAAUUAGUUCUUUCCACAUAUAUUUGAGUUCCGUUUCCGGCCUUAUAAUUUGGAAGACAUCUUGGCCUACAUUUCUAGCCAGCUAUUUUGCUUUUUUCAAUCGACCUUUAUUUUGAAAAUCUUUGGUAUAUAUAAGGCAUCUUCGCAUACAAAAUUUUUUGUGAAAUAAUAAGAUAAGGUCCUUUUUUAUUAAAUCUGUAUGAGCAUUAGAUAUUGAUCUAUAUCUGUGCCAAGUUUCAUUGAUGUAGGUCGUGUCCCACGUUUGUUACACUUGUCACAGUGACCCAUAUCACCAUAAGGUGGCUCAGCCUAAUUUCGACAUGGCGUGGGCCACGCCCCCUUUUUAAUGGCGGAAGUUGCCGAUACUUAGGAAAUAUUUAAUUAUUACCACUAUAUACAUCAAAAUAUUUUAUAUUUUGUGUUUCAGAAUGCAUUUUGAAGACAUUUAAACUGGAAAUGUUUUAAUUUGAGCUUUAAAAACCCUGCAGAGUCCAUAAUAUAAAUGAUCAGAAUUUUCCCUGUGCAACACGUUGUCAUUGGCAACCAUUCACAGCCACUUGCAUAACGGCUACGUUGUAGUACUAUCUCAGAGUUUCAUUCAUAAGAGUUUGCCGUGUGCAAAAGCUAUUAAACCAUUGGUCAGGGAAAGCUUUUAUUAAUUAUUCAUGUGCCAAAGUUGAAAGUUUAAAAUAAGUCGACCCUAAACAGUAUUUUAGUGAUAGGGAAUGCGUUGCCUUAUAUAAACUAUAUAGUCAUUGCGCAUGACGCGAUCAGUGGAAUGAGGUCACAGAAUGUGGAGAUGCAGUCCAUGUUAAAAAAUGACAAACCAAGUCGUACUUUAAAAAUUCAUAACUUUAAAACUACAACAGCUAAAAAUAUGAUUUUGGUGUUAUAAUUAUGUUUAAAAUUAGCUCUAUUCAACUGUGCCAUUGGUUUAUUUUUAAAAAAUGUUUACAUUUUUGACCAAAGUAUCUACUAUAGGUUUUUUCUUAUUUUCGAGCUUUAAUAAACAAUGGUAUCCUGGGAGGAAAUGUAGUCAUCAUACUAGGUACUAGGUAGUCCAAACUGGAGAAAAAAUGCAUUUUUGGGGUCAUUUUUCAUAGUUUAAAAAAAAAAUUCACCCACUUCUAGUUGUCUUACAGGAGAAAUUAGGAAUGUGUAUUCUGAUAACAUUUGCCCAGUAGUUAGAGGUCUUCAAACUGAGGCAGGAGUAGCUGCCGGAAGAGUUUCAAAGGUCAUUCAAAUAGUUGGUGAAGGAUUACUUAAUAAUCAUAUUUAUAGCUCAAAUUUACCCUUUAAGUUUAAGCAAACAGCCAUCAAUAUGUUAAAAGAAAUGUUAUUAGUAAUGUUCACAUUGUAGAGAGCAUUGCUCAGAGUUAUAAUUUUACUUUACAUGAUGAUGGUACAUCAAGAGAUCAAAGAAAGAUAGUUUAUCACCAAAUAGCCAUUGAUAAUGGGCAAUGUAGAUACACUCUAUUUAGGGUUUAAACCUGUUGUACCAGAAGAUGCUAACACUUUAUUGGAUGUCACUAUCAAUAGUAUCAAUCUAUUUAAAAAAUUAUGAGAGAGUUAUGCAGAUUUGUCCCAUUAGAUUUUCAGGAAAUAUUUAAGUCGCUGUUAUCAAAACUGACAAGUACAAAGAUAGAGCAGCUUCAUUGAAACUUUUUGAUUCAAAAUUGGAAUCUCUUUUAGUCUGAAUUUGUUUUUAAUGUAAAAUUACAUUUUCUUCAUUGUAAGGGCCAUUUUUUUUAUUAGGCUUGGGAAGUGCUAUGAGGAGGCAGUGAUAGAAGCUGAGAAAGAUUUAGUUGAACUUUCAAGAAAAAGAAGUCUGCGGAGGGAUCAAGAUGCAUAUCUUUUCUAGAGAGUCUGAGAAAGUGCUACAAAGAGAAUGAUCAGACAAUGAUCAGAUGAUGGUCCAAGUGCUGCUCUUGAUAUUAAUGAGGAUUUUUUAAAUGAAUUUUGUCUGUGCCGCUGAACUCUUUUUUAUAUUAAGGCUUCUGGAUCUACUGGAAAAUUGUCACUAGUGAGGAAUGUAAUUAUACCCAAUUUCAUGUGCCAUGUGAAGUCUAGAGCUGAUUGUUUAAAGACAUGGAGUGAUGAUCCUAGUAAUAUUUUACAGGAAAUCUCUGUCUGUUUUCACUGCUGAAUGGUCAAUUAAGUUUAAUGCUGUUCAUUCAAUUAUUGAAUUUAUUAAAGUUAAUGAUGACAAACUUCUCCUAGAGAUAGUAUAUGGUAUGGCAAGAGGAGCAGUGACAGUCCUUAGGAGUUUUUUAAUGGAGGAAAAUUAUCCUUUUCUGAGGAAACUAUUAUGUCAGAUUUGUGAUCAUGGUUUACUACUCAAAGUAGUUAAUAACGAACAACACAAUAUUUCUUUUCUAAAUCCAGUGAAAAACCAUAUAGAAUCCUAUAAGGCCAUACAACUCCAAAAACCGCACAGGUUGGACGUAUGAUGUAAACCUCAGAGGUUUGAUGUAUGAUGUAUAGGUCUCAACAUAUGGUGACAGCUGUUUUUUUCCGUCACCAUGGGAUAAAGAUGAACCAUUUCAUUAGUCAUAAACAGUCUGAAAUAAUCUGCUGUGCUGCUAUCAAUAGGAGAUCACCUUAAAUCUCUGUAAAUAUUUUCAUCUGAUCAGAAACACUGGUCAUAUUGUCUAACCAACUCUCGGAAACACUGGUCAACUUGUCUAACCAACUCUCGGAAACACUGGUCAAUUUGUUUAACCAACUCUCAGUAACAGUGUAUCACAUUGUUAUCAGACACAUACACACGCACCACACAUUCUCCCCCCCCCCCCUUCUAGUAUCAUUCUGAGUUGAUUCUUAUACUCGGUACCAUAUUUUUUAUCAUUCUAUCUACUUCAAUAUGUGACUCAUCGUCUUAGUAAUCUUAUCUGGUAUUAUGAAUAUCUGUAAUUUAAAUUAGACACCUAACGGGCCGGCAAGCUGAAAUACCAUAGCAAUAAACCUUCAUGCAGCGCAAUCACAGAUUCACUAUAUACCAGAUGAACUUUACAACUCUAACCAAAGAGAUGAAAACAUCACCUAACUUUUCAAUUACGGAUAUCAUAAUGCUAUUCCCAUGGAAACAACACUUCUCCCAAGACCGGCUUGUAUGUGUACGUUGCUAGGCGAAAUGAUGCAUUCAGUCCCAAUAGUAGCGAGGGGGUAUACGUCACAUUUGGUCGCCAUAGUAGCGAAUGGGAAUUUGGAAUAAUUUAAUGUGUUAAUAAUUACUGGCCUCUUUAAGAACACCCGAAUAAUGGAAGAGCACUCACAAAGUAUAAAGACAACAAAACACAUUUUUUUCCCUAAAUGAAAACAGAUUAGCAUUUACUGUAUUUAUUGGCGUAUAACACACACCGCCGUAUAACAUGCACCUCAUUUUAAGAAGGAAAUUUCAGGGAAAAAAAAUAAAAUUAUAUCGGUGUAUAACACGCACACAUCAUUUGCCCCCUUUUUUCAGGGAGAAAAAGUGUGUGUUAUACGCCGAUAAAUAUGUUAUUUUGUUUUUGUAAACUAUGUUAAAAAGUUACAGUUUUGUUAUAGAAAGACGUCGGUGAAUAAUAAAAGCCCUAAAAAUAGAUCUAAUGAAAUAAGUUGAUAAAUUUAACAAAAAUAACAGGCUUGAACUUAAAUAAAAUGUAAGAAAUUAAUGAAAUACACUAUUUCAUUUGAAUUGAAUUGCUAAUUUUAAAAUAUGGGGUUACUGUCAUUUUGGUCAUGACUAGUCAUAGUCAUAUCUUUCACUGUUUCAACAUAUCUUUCACUGUUUCAACAUAUCUUUCACUGUUUCAACAUAUCUUUCACUGAUUCAACAUAUCUUUCCCUGAUUAAACAUAUUUUUCACUGAUUCAACAUAUUUUUCACUGAAUCAACAAAUCUUUCCCUGAUACAACAUAUUUUUCACUGAUUCAAAUUGACAGAUUUUGUAAUUUUCUUUAAAGUUGACCCUUAAAUUGAAGAAUGAAUAGAACUGGUACCGGUACACAAUAUUAAAUAUGCAGAAGAAAGAAAAGUAAUGGAUUGCAGAUAAAAUGAUCUCCUGGCAGUUAUUAGAGUCAAUGCAAUGGCAGUACAAAUUUAAAACAUUAAGAAAAGGGCAAUUAGACCCUGUUAAGUUAUAUAAUUUAACAAAAUAUUCUAAUGUUUGUUCCUAUUGCAUAGGCCAAGACCAAGCACAGAAGUGCAAACUGAAAUUUUAACAAAGCUGUCAGAGUGAGUAUUUUGUAUUUAUCUUUUUCAUACAAUUACAAUGUAAUCAGCUCCAAAUUUCUGCUCAAUCGUCAGUUUUAUAUUAAGUUAGAGUUGCACACCCUACCUCAACAUAGUUGAAUGUGAAAAGAAAUAUUUUAAAAAUAAUUAUGUGGCUUGUACUGCCCCCCCCCCCCUUUUCCCCUCAACACAUUUAUAAUAUAAGAUCAUAUUUUGUGACCCAAGCAACAUCUUUGACCAUGCACUUCACGAUACUUCCCUAUCUUAACAAUGAACAUUAAAGCUUUUAUAACCUUUUUUAUAUACCAGUACCAGAUAUUCCAUAUUUACCAGGCUCAAAUUUGUUUCCUCAGAAAAUUGCAGCAAUUUCCAAAUCUUUUCAAGAAACUGAAAAAUCCUUCAACAGAAGAGCAAAACUUAAAAUCCAAAAUAAGGUUAUUUAAAAAAUUUAAUUUAGUCUGUUUAAAAAAAAAUAAUUAUAUCAUUAAACAUAUAUUUAAUAUCACACAUGUCACUGUUUCAUUCUCUUAAUAUUUAUGAAAAGGACUUUUUUAGGUUGAGUCUCUGUGUUUUGAUAGAAGAUACAAAAUUAACUUGUCAACUUAUGUUGCAUUUUAGACCCUUAAAGAUAAUGCCAAAAGAAUUUUUUAAAUGAUCUAAAGAAGAAUAUUGAUAAUCUUUGUGUUUCUAAACUAUUUCAUAUCCUUUGUUUGAUUGAACAGAAGUCAGCUUGACAUCGGCACAUCAUGUGUUUUCCGGAGUUUAGAGAAAGAUGUUCUCGCCUGCGUGCUAGUGUCAGGCCAAGCUACACCCGCCAUUACAGUCAACCACGUCAUUUUGUUAGCACAAGAGAAGGGCUGCCCAGUUUUGUGCAUUGAUCAGCUGUCACCAACUUUGGCUCAAGUCACAGAAUCUAAAUGUCUCCCACUGACACUUGGCUUUAAGGCAGGUUAUCUCUGUUGUGUCUUCGUUUUAGAUUUCAUAGAGUGCCUAAUUGUUUGACAUUACUUUGGCCAAGUUAUAUAUUUACUCAAGAUCAAUGGCUGUCUGGGUUUUCAUCAGAUCCUCACAGCUUACUGCAGCGUCUCACAGCUUACUGCCAUGUCUCACAGCUUACUGCAGUGUCUUCAGUCCAGAAAUAGGAGCAGAAUUUUGUUAAACCUUGACUCUGUAUAACUGAAUGCCUACCUCACAUGGAUCAUGUAGACAGACUAUGUGUAUCCCUCACACUGAAUGCCUACCUCACAUGGAUCAUGUAGACAGACUAUGUGUAUCCCUCACACUGAAUGCCUACCUCACAUGGAUCAUGUAGACUGACUAUGUGUAUCCCUCACACUGAAUGCCUACCUCACAUGGAUCAUGCAGACAGAUUAUGUGUAUCCCUCACACUGAAUGCCUACCUCACAUGGAUCAUGUAGACAGAUUAUGUGUAUCCCUCACACAAGUUGGACGCCAUCUUUUGUCUUUUGAGGAUUUUCUUCUGGGGUUUCUCCUUCUCAUUAAGUUGAUAAGCCAGAUCCGAUUUUUUUUUUCCUUUUUCGUAGGAACUUUCCUAUCUGCAUCUUUUUGCGCCCUUCCUAAUGCACACCCACAAUGCAGUGCUGCUGUCUUCCUAUCUGUGUCUCAAUGGUUUAUGGCCUAGAUAUAAAUUAUUUCUCAAUGGUUUAUGGUCGAAAUAUCAGUAUUUCUCAACGGUUUAUGGUCGAAAUAUCAGUUAUUUCUCGAUGGUUUAUGGUCAAAAUAUCAAUAUUUUCUCAAUGGUUUAUGGUCGAAAUAUCAGUAUUUCUCAAUGGUUUAUGGCCUAAAUAUAAAUUAUUUCUCAAUGGUUUAUAGCCUAAAUAUCAGUUAUUUUGCAAUGGUUUAUGGCCUAAAUAUCAAUUAUUUCUCAAUGGUUUAUGGCCUGAAUAUCAAUUAUUUCUGAAUGGUUUAUGGCCUAAAUAUAAAUUAUUUCUCAAUGGUUUAUGGCCUAAAUAUCAGUUAUUUUGCAAUGGUUUAUGGCCUAAAUAUAAAUUAUUUCUCAAUGGUUUAUGGCCUAAAUAUAAAUUAUUUCUCAAUGGUUUAUGGCCUAAAUAUCAAUUAUUUCUCAAUGGUUUCUGGCCUGAAUAUCCUUUGUUUUCUCAAUGGUUUUUGUUCUAAACCAAUAGAACUAGAAGAUUUUUACACACAAAAAAAAAGACAGACCAUAUCAAGACCAUUUUUGAUACUAGCUUUCAUUAGGCAAUAUUUACAGCUCUUUUUAUUAGGGACUUUUGUGUUUUUUGAAUUUAUUGAUCUUGUUAGAAACAUUUGGUCACCUCAGCCCCUCAACCCCUCAGCCUGCCCUAGUUAAGUUAAAACAUAAAUAUUUUGAUAUUUUUUUCUUCUUUUUUUGAAAAUAGAAAAUAAAAGAAGGUCUCGAGUCUGCUUUUUCUGAGAUCAUUAAAUUAGUGCAAGAAAAGACAACUCCUGUUGCUCCAAGCUCAGCACCUGUAUCAAGAGAUGUCAAAGGAGGUGUGAUGCUGCUGUCUGAUAAAUUUAGGUGAUCAUUGGGGGUAAAGACUGAUAAUAUAUUAGGUGAAAGUGGCGAGUUUGAUGGAGUCAAAAGAUUCACACGUAUUUUCAUGAUUGACUAAAAGUUAUCUAUAGAAAUGUUUUACUUCUUUCAGACCAAUCAGAGUUGAGCCCAGUACAGAGACUGAAAUACUUGAUGAGCUGAAAAGGUAGUUUUGUUUCCAAAGAUAACUGCUAUGACAUCUCAAACUUUGCCAGAAAUACUGAAAAUUAACAUUACCACAUUAACAUCAACCAGUAAGAUGCUGCACAUAUGUGAUGAAAAAACACAAAUAUUGAUUCCAUUUUCCUAUCUAGGAGUUGCGUGCAUGUCACCUUUGCACGUCCUCUGUUUGGUAAAGAUUGAUUUUGUUGAUUUGUUGAUUUUCUUCCUAGGUCAUGAUUUCUGUUAUAUUUCAGGGUCUUCUUAUCAGUAGUGGUUCACAGCAAAGAGAAAACUCCAAAGAAAAAGAAGAAAAAACAGAGCCAAAAAAAGAGAGACUUGAAAGAUUACUUUGACAAACAGUGCCAGUGAGUACAUUACACAGCUUAGAUAUCUGACAGUGCCAGUGAGUACAUUACACAGCUUAGAUAUCUGACAGUGCCAGUGAGUACAUUACACAGCUUAGAUAUCUGACAGUGCCAGUGAGUACAUUACACAGCUUAGAUAUCUGACAGUGCCAGUGAGUACAUUACACAGCUUAGAUAUCUGACAGUGCCAGUGAGUACAUUACACAGCUUAGAUAUCUGACAGUGCCAGUGAGUACAUUACACAGCUUAGAUAUCUGACAGUGCCAGUGAGUACAUUACACAGCUUAGAUAUCUGACAGUGCCAGUGAGUACAUUACACAGCUUAGAUAUCUGACAGUGCCAGUGAGUACAUUACACAGCUUAGAUAUCUGACAGUGCCAGUGAGUAUAUUACACAGCUUAAAUAUCUUACAGUGCCAGUGAGUACAUUACACAGCUUAUAAUUUACAUAUCUAAAAUGUAAAUUCUCCCACUAGGAUUAUAUUUCAGUAGUAAAUGAGAUUUAAUUCUUUCUAACCUCCAGCAACCAGUUUGAACUUGGUAAAAAGACGGUGAUGAAAGUUGCUGAGAGGGGCUCACUUGAGCUGAUUCUUAUAUCAGAAGAGUUGGUCCCCGUCCUGAUGUCAGAGCCUGAGUUAUCUUCCUUGCUGUGUGUAGCUCAGGAGAAAAGGUGUCCUGUCAUGGUUUUAUCGGGUCUUGUUGAGACAUUUCAAUCUCUGUGUCAGGGUUGUGUGUCAGUCCUAGGGUUCAAGGUGAGCCAAAUUAUUCUCAUUCUGUGUCAGGGUUGUGUGUCAGUCCUAGGGUUCAAGGUAAGACAAAUUAUUAUCAUUCUGUGUCAGGGAUGUGUGUCAGUCCUAGGGUUCAAGGUGAGACAAAUUAUUCUCAUUCUGUGUCAGGGUUGUGUGUCAGUCCUAGGGUUCAAGGUGAGCCAAAUUAUUCUCAUUCUGUGUCAGGGAUGUGUGUCAGUCCUAGGGUUCAAGGUGAGCCAAAUUAUUCUCAUUCUGUGUCAGGGUUGUGUGUCAGUCCUAGGGUUCAAGGUGAGCCAAAUUAUUCUCAUUCUGUGUCAGGGUUGUAUGUCAGUCCUAGGGUUCAAGGUGAGCCAAAUUAUUCUCAUUCUGUGUCAGGGUUGUGUGUCAGUCCUAGGGUUCAAGGUGAGCCAAAUUAUUCUCAUUCUGUUUCAGAGUUGUGUGUCAGUCCUAGGGUUCAAGGUGAGCCAAAUUAUUCUCAUUCUGUGUCAGGGUUGUGUGUCAGUCUUAGGGUUCAAGGUGAGCCAAAUUAUUCUCAUUCUGUGUCAGGGAUGUGUGUCAGUCCUAGGGUUCAAGGUGAGCCAAAUUAUUCUCAUUCUAUGUCAGGGAUGUGUGUCAGCCCUAGGGUUCAAGGUGAGCCAAAUUAUUCUCAUUCUGUGUCAGGGUUGUGUGUCAGUCCUAGGGUUCAAGGUAAGACAAAUUAUUAUCAUUCUGUGUCAGGGAUGUGUGUCAGUCCUAGGGUUCAAGGUGAGACAAAUUAUUCUCAUUCUGUGUCAGGGUUGUGUGUCAGUCCUAGGGUUCAAGGUGAGCCAAAUUAUUCUCAUUCUGUGUCAGGGUUGUGUGUCAGUCCUAGGGUUCAAGGUGAGCCAAAUUAUUCUCAUUCUGUGUCAGGGUUGUGUGUCAGUCCUAGGGUUCAAGGUGAGCCAAAUUAUUCUCAUUCUGUGUCAGGGUUGUGUGUCAGUCCUAGGGUUCAAGGUGAGCCAAAUUAUUCUCAUUCUGUGUCAGGGUUGUGUGUCAGUCCUAGGGUUCAAGGUGAGCCAAAUUAUUCUCAUUCUGUGUCAGGGUUGUGUGUCAGUCCUAGGGUUCAAGGUGAGCCAAAUUAUUCUCAUUCUGUGUCAGGGUUGUGUGUCAGUCCUAGGGUUCAAGGUGAGCCAAAUUAUUCUCAUUCUGUGUCAGGGUUGUGUGUCAGUCCUAGGGUUCAAGGUGAGCCAAAUUAUUCUCAUUCUGUGUCAGGGUUGUGUGUCAGUCCUAGGGUUCAAGGUGAGCCAAAUUAUUCUCAUUCUGUGUCAGGGUUGUGUGUCAGUCCUAGGGUUCAAGGUGAGCCAAAUUAUUCUCAUUCUGUGUCAGGGUUGUGUGUCAGUCCUAGGGUUCAAGGUGAGCCAAAUUAUUCUCAUUCUGUGUCAGGGUUGUGUGUCAGUCCUAGGGUUCAAGGUGAGCCAAAUUAUUCUCAUUCUGUGUCAGGGUUGUGUGUCAGUCCUAGGGUUCAAGGUGAGCCAAAUUAUUCUCAUUCUGUGUCAGGGUUGUGUGUCAGUCCUAGGGUUCAAGGUGAGCCAAAUUAUUCUCAUUCUGUGUCAGGGUUGUGUGUCAGUCCUAGGGUUCAAGGUGAGCCAAAUUAUUCUCAUUCUGUGUCAGGGUUGUGUGUCAGUCCUAGGGUUCAAGGUAAGACAAAUUAUUAUCAUUCUGUGUCAGGGAUGUGUGUCAGUCCUAGGGUUCAAGGUGAGACAAAUUAUUCUCAUUCUGUGUCAGGGUUGUGUGUCAGUCCUAGGGUUCAAGGUGAGCCAAAUUAUUCUCAUUCUGUGUCAGGGUUGUGUGUCAGUCCUAGGGUUCAAGGUGAGCCAAAUUAUUCUCAUUCUGUGUCAGAGUUGUGUGUCAGUCCUAGGGUUCAAGGUGAGCCAAAUUAUUCUCAUUCUGUGUCAGGGUUGUGUGUCAGUCCUAGGGUUCAAGGUGAGACAAAUUAUUCUCAUUGAUUUGGAUCCUGACAUUUUUUAGUUUAAAAAAAAUUGCUUUAGGUCAAUAAUUGACCACUAUGCUGUUGAGUUAUAAGUUUAGUACUUGUUUAUGUUGGUUGUACAUUAUAUAGUAGAGUAAAGGUAUGUGUUAUAUUUAGUACUUCUCUUGAAAUUUAUUUUACAUGAAAAAAAAAUCUCAGAAAUAUUUCUUGAUAGAUUUUAAAUGUUCAUCAUCAUCAUGUCCCUUUGUCUUUGGACCAUUGCGGCGCCACAGAUGUCCCUUUGUCCUUGGACCGUUGGGGCGCCACAGAUGUCCCUUUGUCCUUGGACCGUUGGGGCGCCACAGAUGUCCCUUUGUCCUUGGACCGUUGGGGCGCCACAGAUGUCCCUUUGUCCUUGGACCAUUGGGGCGCCACAGAUGUCCCUUUGUCCUUGGACCGUUGCGGCGCCACAGAUGUCCCUUUGUCCUUGGACCGUUGGGGCGCCACAGAUGUCCCUUUGUCCUUGGACCGUUGGGGCGCCACAGAUGUCCCUUUGUCCUUGGCCCGUUGGGGCGCCACAGAUGUCCCUUUGUCCUUGGAACGUUGGUGCGCCACAGAUGUCCCUUUGUCCUUGGACCGUUGGGGCGCCACAGAUGUCCCUUUGUCCUUGGACCGUUGGGGCGCCACAGAUGUCCCUUUGUCCUUGGACUGUUGGGGCGCCACUGAUGUCCCUUUGUCCUUGGACCGUUGGGGCGCCACAGAUGACCUGAAAACUAUCCCUCUACAUUGCUCUUUUUUAUCUGCACUUCGCACGGCAUCGCCUCGCUUUAGUCUCGCCCACUCUUUGAUGUUAUCUUCCCAUCUUUCUCUCUGUCUUCCUCUUCUUUCCCUUCCUCUCGUUGUGCCCUGCAUGAUUUCUUUGGCAAGCCCUUGUUUUCUUGUCAUGUGGCCAUACAUUCCAGUUUGUACUUUUUUACAGUUCCCAGGAGGUCAUCGUACUGCCCAAUUUCUUGAUGAAUUUUUUCUUUGACUAUCUUUUCUUUGACUUGUUCGUUAGAUUUAUGGUCUCUAUAGCAGAUUCCAAGAAUGCUUCUGAAACAUCUCUAUCACCUUUAUUUUUAUUUCAAGUUCUGCUGUUAAUGUCCAGGACUCACGAGCAUACAAGAAAAUGGAGGGGACUAAUGAGCGCAUCAGCCUGAUUUUGGUGCUGGGGGCUAUGUUUUAAAUGUUAGAAAUUUUUAUUUUAAUCAUAUUUAUUAAAAAUGAAUCCAUACAAUUUUCAUGUUAUAAUUUUCAGAAUCCUUGAUAAGCUGUUUUUCUUGAUUUAUUGAAAAUGAGCUCAAUUUGUGGCUUUCCAACCUUAUCAAUUUGAUAUUUUUUACAGAAGAGUACCACCGUUCAAUCAGACGGCAAGAACUAUUUUCAUGGCCUGACCACCAAGUGUCUGGAUGCCAUAGCCAGGUUGGGGUCAAGCCAACUGAGCACUUCCUGUCCAGUCUACUUAAAGCAUCCAGAGGCAAUAAUUCCACCCACGAACGCAGACAGUGAGGAUGAGACAGAACCUGAAGAAGACUACUCCUACUUGUACAUUUCCAAAAGUGAAUCUAAAGACCUCCAGGAGGUCAAAUCUAGUUUAAGGUCAGAAAUGGAAGAUAUAAAAAAAGAGCAAAAUUUUAUGUCAGAGUUUAUUUCCUUGUCAGGAAAUAGCGGCAGUCGAAAAACUCAAUCUGUGACAACAAGCUCCAAAUCAAAGGAACCAGGAAAUAAAUCUCUUGGUGCUAAAAUCAGUAAAGGCCCUAACGUUUCUGUUGUUAAAGACAUUGAUGUCAGAAUCACAGAAUUUAGUAAAGCCACACUUGAGAUGACCGUGCAAGCAAAGACUCUGGCCCCGACAGAAAAAGCCUUAACCAAAUCAUUUAAAACUAGCACCUCACAAUUGUUGAAACGAAAUAAAGAGGCUAAGUUGGUUUCAAACAAAAAUCAACCGACCACUGGUGAGUUCAUUGCAUUUUCUCAAACAACUUCGCCCAGCUCGGUUAUUUCUAAAGAUGAUGUUGUCAUGGAAACAGAUGACACAGGAAAUGGGGUCAUUACAAGUACGACAGAUGACGAGGUCAAGCCCAGCUUUACAGAUGAUGUAGUCAAAUCCAGCUUCACGGAAGAGACUCCUUUAUUUUCCAUUUCAAGAGCAGGGGGUUUUCAAGAUGGAAAGCUCUCAGAGUUAAUGACUGCGGGCUUGAAUACAGCCAAAUAUGAUACACCUGUAUUUACCGUGGACAACACAGGAGAACUUGACUUCCAUGAGACCUCUGAAAAGGUUGGCAAGAGAACCAAGAGACCAAAAACUGACCCAGACGCAGUUAGGAGUAAGGAAAAAGAUAAUAAUGUGCUGGGUCUCAAAGAGCUGCGUAAACCUGGUAACAAAAUUUCAGUAGAUUAUCUCGCUUUAGCUCAAUCUUCCAAAAGUUCCAGGAAGGGAGUUAAACGAAAGCAGCUUUCAGAGGAAGGUUACAUUUCUUUAACCUAUAAUGAGGCCAACAUAAAAACCAUGACUUCCAAUCCAGAGAGAAGAAAAAAGAAGAAGAAGAAGAAGGAAUGAAAUGGGGGCAUUGGUGAAGAUUUAAUGAUUACUUUGUAUACCGUGGUUUGUGUUACUUUUUGGUAACUUUGAUGAUUAUUAAGGCAAACGUAAUUGUAGUUUAUGUUUAUUUAAUAAAGUACAUUACAAAAUACAUUUUUGCUGACCCUGGAUUGUUUGUAAACCGAUUUAUUUUAAAUGAGAAAUAUCCAAUUAAAAUUAAAAGGUUGACUGUAGAUUG